AUGUCCAAGUUCUGGCCUAAGGGAGGUCUUCCCGGUAUUCUGCACCACUACACCGAAACCCUCGUCGCAUUCGAAUAUGCCUCCACCACCGUCCGCCAACCACACAGUCUCCUCUUCGUCGGCGGACUCGGCGACGGCCUCGCAACAACCUCCUACAUGGCCGAUCUCGCGCGCGCACUACAGCAAUCAGAAUGGUCCCUCUUUACACUAAACCUCACAUCCUCCUACCAAUCCUGGGGUCUCGGCCAUCUGGACCGUGACACGAACGAGAUCGCCCAAUGUCUGGAGUACAUCAAGAGCUACAAAGCCGAUAAAUUCGGCGGCGGCAAGAUCGCCCUGAUGGGCCAUUCCACAGGUAGUCAGUGCGUCCUGCACUACCUAUCCCAGUCGAACCCGCACACGAAGCGUCCCGCUUUCGACGCUGAUAUCGAACACAUCACGCGGCCCGUGCUGGACGGCGCGAUUAUGCAAGCGCCUGUUUCGGAUCGCGAGGCGAUUUUCUGCGUCUUGAAGUGGGGGAUUGGUGAUACGACGCCGGAGAAGGCCCGGGCUGUUUAUGAUGAGAUGGAGGCGUUAGCGAAGGAGGCCGUUGCUGAGGGGAAACCUCAUGAUACUAUGUUGCCUCUUUCGUUGACUUCCAUGAUUUAUCCGGCUAAUACCCCGAUUAGUUGUCGGAGGUUUUUGAGUCUUGUUAGUCCUGAGAGUCCGCAGGCGCCGCAGGAGGAUGAUUUGUUCAGCUCGGAUUUGAGUGAUGAUCACUUUGGGACUACCUUUGGUAGGAUUCAGCAGCAGGGACUGUUGAAUCAUAAGCUCAUGGUGUUGAUCUCUGGGAAGGAUCAGUCGAUUCCGGAUUAUGUUGAUAAGGAAAAGAUGCUGGCGAGGUGGCAGAAGGCUACUGAUCAUGAUGGGAAAUAUCAGAUCUGGGAUGAGAAACAUACUGGUGUUAUUCCUAAUGCUUCUCAUGCUUUGAGUAAUGAUGACCAGGCUGAGCCGCGGAAGUUCCUUGUCGAGAGGGUCCUGGGAUACCUCAAGACGGCUGUGGAGAGGGAAUAA